AUGUGGCUCGUGAACACUGACAGCUUGGUGUUGGAAGAGGUCUCGGAGCCUUCAUCGAUCGAGUAUGCCAUUCUGUCUCAUACCUGGGCAGACGAUGAGGUGACCUUUCAAGACUUUCAGAAAAUCAAGCGAAAUGAGGUGAGACAUAAGUCUGGGUUCUCCAAGAUUGAGAAGACCUGUGAGCUUGCGCGCCAACGAGGCCUCCAUUAUGCGUGGGUGGACACUUGUUGUAUCGACAAGUCGAGCAGUGUAGAACUCAGCGAGGCUAUAAAUUCCAUGUUCUCGUGGUAUAAGGAGUCCGCCGUCUGCUUUGUCUUUCUGUCGGACUUACCGGCGUCUGAGCGGCUAGUCGAAAAGGUAGAAACGACGUCCGUCUUUCCCUACGCCAAAAAGACAUUCGCUGCCUGUCGAUGGUUCACUCGAGGAUGGACUUUACAAGAGCUCAUCGCUCCGAGCGAGGUAGAGUUCUUCGAUUCCCAAUGGGAGCAGUUCUCUCGGAAAGCCGAUUGCCUUGAUGAGCUGGAAAGAAUUACCGGCAUACGCCGCUUAGUUUUAGAGUCCUCCUCAAACUUACGACAGACUCCGAUAGCGGUCAAGAUGUCCUGGGCAGCAUCUCGCGAGACGAAACGUGUCGAGGACCGCGCUUACUCUCUGCUCGGUAUUUUCGACAUCAAUAUGCCAAUGAUAUACGGUGAAGGACCCAAGGCCUUCCGUCGCCUUCAGGAGGAAAUAUCCCGGGAGACGAACGAUCUGUCCCUCUUCGCGUGGAAGGGCCCUCCUCCCGGAUAUGCGGGAUGCCAGAUGUUUAGGGGCAUCUUUGCGAGGUCUCCAAGCGAGUUCAGCUCCUCUUCGACACUGCAAAGGUCCGGCAUGAGACAGGCGUCACCAAGCGAUUUCACUCUCACCAACAAAGGGGUACGGUUUGAGACGAAGUUGUACAAGCACACACCAGGCGCCUAUGUCAUGUAUCUGGGGUUCAGCAUGCGAGAAAAUACACCAGUCUGCAUUGUCCUCGCACGCACGAUAGAAGGUUUCAUUCGCAGCGAACCUUGGUCGUUGGCGUACGAGCAUAAAUGGAGCCUAUCCAGGAUUCACACUACUUUCAGGAUCCAUGUACAAAAGGAUCUUGAACAGCUGGAGUCGCAUCCGGAAUACCUGUGGGAUGGAUUCUAUUCGACUUUCAUGUCCAGUAAUCCGGAUAAAUCUUAUGCUGCCAGGUUGAAGUUUCGAGUCCACGAUAUCAGCAGUAACUUCAACGAACCCUUUCAUCUCACUCUUACGUUGGGAUGGGCCAGUCCACUUCAACAGCCCUUUGCCGUGCUCUACGGGUCUGAAAGGGCUGCGAAAACUAAGGAGCUAAAGAUCAGGGACGUUCUACCAGGAAACUUCCCGGAGUUUGUUAAAGACAAUCUCGAUUGGGACAGUUCCCAUGAAGAUGCGUUUGAAAAUGCAAUCUGGAGCAUCUGUACAGACCCUCAAUUUCAAGCUACGGAGGUACAAUUUGCCAACAAGGAAUCGACGGCUUUGGACGAUGGACUUUUCACGCGUUCAGCUCCCGUCGCUACAUUCAGAGUUGGCUUGGAAACGCGGAAAGAUCAAAACGGCAUCAUCACCUAUCAUGCUUCUUUGUCCGCUUUAAAGAGCCAUCGGACGGAGCGACGUAAAGCUUCACCAAGGCAGCCGAUCAUCAUGGCCUCGAUCGCGGCAUCACUGGCCUCGGCCCUCCCGAAACCCAAGUACACUGGCGAAGAUGAGGAAGCUCCAUCACACGCUCUGCAACGCGGCCCGCGUAUCGUCGGCGCCGGCCAGCUGGACGAGACGCAAAUCGUGCUGAAGCGAUCGGGCCCUCCACCAUACCAACAACGAGCAGGAUGGCGACCGCGAGGACCCGAAGAUUUUGGCGACGGUGGCGCGUUCCCCGAAAUACCAAUCGCUCAAUACCCGCUCGACAUGGGAAAGAAGGGCGCGACGACCAGCAACGCGCUCGCCAUCCAGGUAGACGGCGAGGGCAAGCUCGACUACGGGGCCAUUGCGCGUCAGGGCCACGCCGAAAACCGAAUCGUUCAUACCUCGUUCAAGGAUCUGAUUCCCCUUCGCCAGCGCGCCGACGCGGGCGAAAUCGACCUGAGCCGACCGAGUCAAGAGGAGGUGGAAGCGACGGCGGAAAAGACGAAAAAUGCACUGGCAGCGCUGGUCAGCGGUGCCGUGGCCGCCCAGAAGCCAAAGACGCUCAGUGUCGGAAAGCGAAACGAUCCGACAUUUGUGCGAUACACGCCAGCCAAUCAGAUGGGCGACAACUCGACCAAGCAGGACCGCAUCAUGAAGAUUGUAGAGCGGCAAAGGGACCCGAUGGAGCCCCCCAAGUUCAAGCACAAGAAGAUUCCCCGUGGACCGCCGAGCCCGCCACCUCCCGUGCUGAGAUCGCCGCCACGGAAGCUGACGGCAAAGGACCAGGAGGAUUGGCGCAUUCCCCCGCCGGUCUCCAACUGGAAGAACCCCAAGGGUUUCACCGUCCCCUUGGACAAGAGAUUAGCGGCCGAUGGACGCGGACUUCAGGACGUGGCGAUCAACGACAAGUUUGCUCAAUUUUCCGAAGCGCUGUACGUCGCAGACAGACACGCUCGCGAGGAAGUCAGACAGCGUGCAGCCAUGCAACAGCGUCUGGCAGAGAAGGAGAAGGCGCAAAAGGAGGAAAACCUCAGAAUGCUGGCCCAGAAGGCUCGCGAAGAACGGGCCGGUGGCGGCAGACGGGAUUCACGAUCACGGUCGCGGUCACGCAGCUACAGCGGCUCAGACUCGGAAGACUCAGACGGUUCGGAGGAUUCUGAGAUCCGGGAGAGAGAAAAGGCACGAAAGGAGCGUAUGCGCGAGGAGGAGAGGAAGCUUCGGCAGUCACGUAUGGGUGCCGAGAGGAGAGUCCAGGUCAUGGCAAGAGAGCAAAACCGCGACAUUUCGGAAAAGAUUGCCCUGGGUCUCGCCAAACCUACCCAGUCCAAGGAAACAAUGUAUGACUCGAGACUUUUCAACCAGUCCAGCGGCUUCGAUAGCGGCUUCAACGAGGACAACCACUACGACAAGCCGCUCUUCGCCGCGCAAGAGGCCAUCGGCAGCAUUUACAAUCCGCGAGCCAACAUGGACGACGAGGACGACGAAGCAGCAGGUGAUAAGGAAAUGGCCAAGAUUCAAAAGACCAGCCGGUUCGGCGAGGCUUUGGGUAGGGGGACGUUCAAGGGCACAGAAGAUGUCGAGGCGAGAGAGGGACCAGUGCAGUUUGAAAAGGACGCCGGGGACCCCUUCAACGUGGACAAGUUCCUGUCCGAGGUGGAGCAAAACUCUUCGUCAAAGAGGGGUUACGGUCUUCAGGACGACGAUUCCCGGCAGCCGAAGCGGGCGCGAGUAGACGAGGAUGAUGAUUAA